CAAAGACGAUGGUCGGACUCCUGUCCCCUUCUUCAAUAGGCUUACUGUGUUUGUAUGUACGGGUGUGCAGUGGGGAUAUAGGGUUCCUCUUUCCACCCGGUUUCGGGACACCGGACUUCACAACUAGAAGUCCCCCCAAAGACAUCCCAUGUAACAGCUCAGCCUUCUCCUGCAGCGGCCGUUGUGGUGACGACGUCCACAUCCCGUGUUCCUGUGAUGACGAUUGCCAGACGUACGAAGACUGUUGUCAUGACUUCAAGGACGUGUGUAACCCGUCGUCAGAACCCCUUCCUCUCUCCAUGAUCCGCAACAGCGACUGUUUUGAGACAGACACUGGCCUUGAGAGGUUCAUCAACAGGUGUCCGCCAGGCUACUCGAAUGCAACCAUACGAGACAAGUGCCACAACGAUGGCUGGGACGCUGCCAGCACUGUUGAUCGCAUCCCUGUAACGGAUAAAGCAACCGGCUUGAAUUAUCGGAACAUCUUCUGUGCAGUAUGUAAUAGUGCGAAAUCCCCGAGAGGAUGGGAGGCCCGAGUGUUAUGUGUAGUCUUUCCCGCCGUCUUUGAUACAUUGAUUGCCAAGAUAAGAGCUGGCCUAUGCGAGACCAGAGUCGAGAGACCCACAGAUGUUGGAGGACGGCCUUGUGUGAUGGGAGCCAUACAGUCAUGUCCCAACACCAGUUCUACUGAACUCGCACAGGAAUGUCUAGCGUACACUUCCUACAUCAGACCUGUAUCACAGCCGCUGAAGAUUUACGCCAACAUCCAUUGCUACCAGUGCAACAACGACCUGACACCACCAGGGUUGGACUUUGAACGUGCAGCUCACAAUGCCGUGACUGAUGUAUUUCCUGGGACAUUAGUUAGAGGGUGUUUCUUUCACUUCACCCAAUGUAUCUGGAGGAGCGUGCAGAAAGAAGGUCUGGUGAUGGCAUAUAAGGAAGAUGAGGAGGUGAAGAAGCUGGUGAGAAGAGCUGCUGCCCUCCCUCUACUACCUCGUGACAAAGUGGAUGAUGUGUGGCUUCAUGCCAUUGCUGACUCUCCUGCUGGCCCUAAAGUGACUGCCUUCAUGGACUACGUGACAACCAGUUGGGUUCAAGGAGGGGCCUUCAUGCCAGAGAUUUGGAACCAUUUCGAAAACCAAGGCCACCGUACCAACAAUCACCUGGAAGGGUGGUCAGAACCUUCACGAAGAAAGAAGUACAAGGCAAUCGAUGCACGUAUUGCGUCCCUCAAGAUCCAGCUCCUGAACCAACACCUGAGUGAGUUGGAAUAUGCUGACCACGUGGGCGACCUCCUUCAUCUGCAGUAA